CGGAGGACGCGAGACGCUGAGGCCCGGCCCAGCCAUGGCCCCCUGGCGCAAAACUGACAAGGAGCGGCAUGGUGUGGCCAUAUACAACUUCCAAGGCAAUGGAUCCCCCCAGCUCACCCUGCAGAUUGGUGAUGUGGUGAGAAUACAGGAGACCUGUGGAGACUGGUACAGAGGCUACCUCAUGAAGCAUAAAAUGUUACAGGGCAUUUUUCCAACAUCCUUUAUCCACAUCAAGGAAGUGACAGUGGAAAAAAGAAGAAAUACGGAGAAUAUUAUUCCAGCAGAAAUUCCCCUGGCACAAGAAGUGACGACGACACUUUGGGAAUGGGGAAGCAUCUGGAAGCAGCUCUAUGUGGCCAGCAAAAAGGAGCGCUUCCUUCAGGUGCAGUCCAUGAUGUACGAUCUGAUGGAGUGGAGGUCCCAGCUCCUCUCGGGGACUCUGCCCAAGGACGAGCUCAAGGAGUUGAAGCAGAAAGUCACGUCCAAAAUCGACUAUGGCAACAAAAUCCUUGAGCUUGAUUUGAUUGUCAGAGAUGAAGACGGAAACAUCUUGGAUCCUGAUAAUACCAGUGUAAUCAGCUUAUUCCAUGCGCAUGAGGAAGCUACAGAGAAAAUCACAGAGCGCAUCAAGGAAGAAAUGUCAAAGGACCAACCAGAUUACGGGAUGUAUUCCCGAGUCUCUUCAUCCCCUACUCACAGCCUCUAUGUCUUUGUGAGAAAUUUUGUGUGCAGAAUCGGGGAAGAUGCUGAGCUCUUCAUGUCUCUCUAUGACCCGAACAAGCAAAUGGUCAUCAGUGAGAACUACCUGGUACGCUGGGGCAGCAGGGGCUUCCCGAAGGAGAUUGAGAUGCUCAACAACCUGAAAGUGGUCUUCACGGAUCUUGGAAAUAAAGACCUCAACAGGGAUAAGAUUUACUUGAUUUGCCAAAUAGUCAGAGUUGGGAAGAUGGAUCUUAAAGAUACAAAUGCAAAGAAGUGCACGCAGGGGCUGAGGAGGCCCUUCGGGGUAGCAGUUAUGGAUAUAACAGACAUCAUCAAGGGAAAAGCGGAAAGUGAUGAGGAAAAGCAGCACUUCAUUCCUUUUCACCCGGUCACAGCUGAGAAUGACUUCCUACACACCUUGCUGGGCAAAGUUAUAGCCUCUAAAGGCGACAGUGGAGGACAAGGUCUUUGGGUGACCAUAAAGAUGCUGGUAGGCGACAUCCCUCAAAUCCGCAAGGACUAUCCACACCUGGUGGACAGGACUACCGUGGUAGCCCGGAAACUGGGCUUCCCUGAGAUCAUCAUGCCAGGGGAUGUCAGGAAUGACAUCUACAUUACUCUCCUACAAGGUGACUUUGACAAGUACAACAAGACCACACAGAGGAACGUUGAAGUGAUCAUGUGUGUGUGUACAGAGGACGGCAAGACGCUGCCUAAUGCAAUUUGUGUGGGAGCUGGGGACAAGCCCAUGAAUGAGUAUCGCUCUGUCGUGUACUAUCAAGUCAAACAGCCGCGCUGGAUGGAGACAGUGAAGGUGGCUGUCCCCAUUGAAGACAUGCAGAAGAUCCAUCUGCGUUUCAUGUUUCGACAUCGGUCCUCCUUGGAAUCUAAAGACAAAGGAGAAAAGAACUUUGCCAUGUCCUAUGUGAAGCUGAUGAAAGAAGAUGGAACCACUCUGCAUGACGGGUGCCAUGACCUCGUUGUCCUCAAGGGGGACAGCAAGAAGAUGGAGGAUGCCAGUGCUUACCUCACUCUCCCCUCUUAUCGACAUCAUAUGGAAAGCAAGGGGGCUACUUUGAGCCGGAGCUACAGCAGUGUUGGGGGGCUCUCUGUCAGUUCCCGAGAUGUGUUCUCCAUUUCUACCCUGGUGUGCUCCACCAAACUCACCCAGAAUGUGGGCUUGCUGGGUUUGCUGAAGUGGCGAAUGAAGCCUGAACUUCUACAGGAGAAUUUAGAGAAGCUGAAGAUUGUGGAUGGAGAAGAAGUAAUGAAGUUUCUUCAGGAUACUCUGGACGCCCUGUUCAACAUCAUGAUGGAGCAUUCUCAGAGUAAUGAGUAUGACAUCCUCGUCUUUGAUGCUUUGUUCAUUUGCGAGCCUGGGGCACAGUGGGUGAAAGGGGAAUUUUCACUGUUGAUGAAAUUGAUGACAGUGUUGAAGACUUACUUGGAUACUUCCAGCAGAGGGGAGCAAUGUGAGCCAAUUCUGAGGACUCUGAAAGCUUUGGAAUAUGUGUUCAAGUUUAUUGUUCGGUCCAGGACAUUAUUUUCACAGCUUUAUGAAGGCAAAGAACAGAUGGAGUUUGAAGAAUCCAUGAGGCGGCUUUUUGAAUCCAUCAACAACCUGAUGAAAAGUCAGUAUAAAACCACCAUCCUUCUACAGGUGGCCGCUUUGAAAUACAUCCCGUCGGUCCUCCACGAUGUGGAAAUGGUCUUUGAUGCCAAGUUACUCAGCCAGCUCUUGUAUGAGUUCUAUACCUGCAUCCCUCCCGUGAAGCUGCAGAAGCAGAAGGUGCAGUCCAUGACUGAGAUUGUCCAGAGCAACCUCUUUAAAAAGCAAGAGUGCCGGGACAUUCUGCUCCCCGUCAUCACCAAAGAGCUGAAGGAACUGCUGGACCCAAAGGAUGAGCUGCAGCACCAGGCCCUGGAGAAGAAGUACUGCGUGGAAUUGCUCAACAGCAUCUUGGAGGUCCUCAGCUCGCAGGACGUGGCCUUCACCUAUCACCACAUUCAAGAAAUCAUGGUGCAGCUGCUUCGCAUAGUGAACCGGACAGUCAUCACAAUGGGCCGAGAUCACGUUCUGAUUAGUCACUUCGUAGCGUGUAUGACAGCCAUCUUAGACCAGAUGGGUGACCAACACUAUUCCUUCUAUAUUGAAACCUUCCAGUCCAGCUCGGACCUUGUGGACUUCUUGAUGGAGACCUUCAUCAUGUUCAAGGACCUCAUUGGGAAGAACGUGUACCCUGGAGACUGGAUGGCUAUGAGCAUGGCUCAGAACAGAGUCUUCCUGAGAGCUAUCAACAAGUUUGCAGAAACCAUGAACCAGAAGUUUCUGGAACAUACGAACUUUGAGUUCCAGCUGUGGAACAACUAUUUUCAUCUGGCAGUGGCUUUUAUCACGCAGGAUUCUCUGCAGUUGGAGCAGUUCUCGCAUGCCAAGUACAACAAAAUCCUGAAUAAGUAUGGGGACAUGCGACGGCUAAUUGGCUUCUCCAUCCGUGACAUGUGGUACAAGCUUGGCCAGAACAAAAUCUGCUUCAUCCCAGGCAUGGUAGGCCCUAUAUUAGAGAUGACACUUAUCCCUGAGGCUGAGCUUCGGAAAGCCACCAUACCAAUCUUCUUCGACAUGAUGCUGUGUGAAUAUCAAAGGAGUGGGGAUUUCAAAAAGUUUGAAAAUGAAAUCAUCCUGAAACUGGACCAUGAGGUGGAAGGGGGCCGGGGAGAUGAGCAGUACGUGCAGCUCCUGGAAUCAAUCCUAAUGGAGUGUGCUGCAGAGCACCCAACAAUUGCCAAAUCUGUGGAGAACUUUGUGAACCUGGUCAAAGGACUCCUGGAGAAGCUGCUGGAUUACCGGGGCGUGAUGACAGACGAGAGCAAAGACAACCGCAUGAGCUGCACCGUGAACCUGCUGAAUUUCUACAAAGAUAACAACCGGGAAGAGAUGUACAUAAGGUACCUGUACAAACUCCGGGAUCUUCAUCUGGACUGCGACAACUACACAGAGGCCGCCUACACGCUUCUACUUCACACCUGGCUUCUUAAGUGGUCAGAUGAGCAGUGUGCGUCACAGGUCAUGCAGACAGGAAAUCAGCACCCCCAGACCCACCGGCAACUGAAAGAGUCGCUCUAUGAGACCAUCAUAGGCUACUUCGACAAAGGAAAGAUGUGGGAAGAGGCCAUCAGUCUAUGCAAGGAGCUGGCAGAACAAUACGAGAUGGAGAUCUUCGACUACGAGCUACUCAGCCAGAACCUGAACCAGCAGGCAAAAUUCUAUGAAAACAUCAUGAAAAUCCUCAGGCCCAAACCAGAUUACUUUGCUGUCGGAUACUAUGGCCAGGGAUUUCCCUCCUUUCUGCGGAACAAAGUGUUCAUCUACCGAGGGAAGGAGUAUGAGAGGAGGGAGGACUUCCAGAUGCAGCUCAUGAGCCAGUUCCCCAACGCGGAGAAGAUGAACACGACCUCGGCCCCUGGUGAUGACGUGAAGAACGCCCCAGGCCAGUACAUCCAAUGUUUCACUGUCCAACCUGUCUUGGAUGAACACCCCAGGUUCAAGAACAAGCCUGUGCCUGAUCAGAUCAUAAACUUCUACAAAUCCAACUACGUGCAGAAAUUCCACUACUCCCGACCUGUGCGCAAGGGGACCAUAGACCCUGAGAAUGAAUUUGCUUCAAUGUGGAUCGAGAGGACUUCCUUUGUGACUGCAUAUAAGCUUCCAGGCAUCCUGCGCUGGUUCGAGGUAGUUCACAUGUCACAGACCACCAUUAGCCCACUGGAAAAUGCCAUUGAAACCAUGUCCACAGCCAAUGAGAAGAUACUGAUGAUGAUAAACCAGUACCAGAAUGAUGAGAGUCUCCCCAUCAACCCACUGUCCAUGCUCCUUAAUGGGAUUGUAGACCCUGCUGUCAUGGGUGGCUUUGCCAAGUAUGAAAAGGCUUUCUUCACUGAAGAGUACACCAGGGACCACCUUGAGGACCAGGACAAGCUGAGCCAGCUCAAGGACCUGAUUGCGUGGCAGAUCCCAUUCCUAGGAGCUGGGAUUAAGAUCCACGAGAAAAGGGUAGCUGACAACCUGCGUCCCUUCCAUGACCGAAUGGAGGAAUGUUUCAAGAGCCUGAAAGCGAAAGUUGAGAAGGAAUAUGGUGUCCGAGAGAUGCCUGACUUUGAUGACAGGAGAGUGGGCCGGCCCAGGUCCAUGCUGCGCUCCUACAGGCAAAUGUCCAUCAUCUCUCUGGCUUCCAUGAAUUCUGACUGCAGUACCCCGAGCAAGGCUACUUCUGACAACUUCGACCUGGAUCUGGUACCACCCAAGACCCCAAAAGCUGAGCAGGAGGAGCCUAUCUCCCCGGGAAGCACACUGCCUGAGGUCAAGCUGCGGCGGUCUAAGAAGAGGUCAAAGAGGAGCAGUGUGGUAUUUGCAGAUGAGAAAACCACAGCAGAGUCAGACUUGAAGCGGCUCUCUAGGAAGCACGAAUUCAUGAGCGACACCAACCUCUCGGAGCACACCGCCAUCCCUCCCAGGGCAUCCAUCCUCUCGCAAAUGAGUUUUGCCAGCCAGUCCAUGCCCACUAUCCCAGCCCUCACACUCUCUGUAGCAGGUGGGAUUGGCAUGGAUGAAGCCAGCACAUCUCCCCGCCUCAGCCAGACCUUCCUCCACCCCUCAGACAGUGACAAGAAGACGCUAACAAGGAAGAAAGUCAAUCAGUUCUUCAAAACAAUGCUGGCCAGCAAAUCCCCUGAAGAAGGCAAGCAGCUCCCGGACUUCCUGUCCACUGACCUGUGAGAUGCUGCAGACCGCAGCUACCCAGGGCCUGCUGGAGCAGAACUUCCUGGAGAGGUGCCCAGCUGUGACAUCAGAGCCUCAGAGAAUGGAGAAACUGCUCCCAGAAGGUGUCAUUGCCCAGGAGACACAGAGGGGCUGAUUGAGUCCUAACAUUUGGUGACAUUGAGCUUGGCUUCACUUGUGGUGGCCUCAGCAAGGGAGAUGACCCAGUGGAUAAGGAAGCCCCAUGCCUGCUUAUUGGACCAAAAAGGAGCUCCCCUCACAUGCUCCCCCCACAACCUAGCCACGUCUUCUCAAAACCCAGUUUCUUCAGUCUAAGGAGCUGUGUUUUCAUUUCAUUGUCUAGGUUCUGGUACUUAACUGAACAGAGAUGCUUUUAAUUAUUCUUAUUUUUAGUUAACAGGGUUUUUUUUUCU